AUGGGUAACGAGGCGAGCUUGGAAGGGGAAGGGCUCCCGGAAGGGCUGGCGGCGGCGGCGGCGGCGGCGGCCGCCGGCGGAGGGGCUGGCGGGGCGGGGAGCCCCUUGCACACCGUGAUCCCGGCAGGCAUGGAGGCGGAUCUGAGCCAGCUGAGCGAAGAGGAGAGGAGACAGAUCGCAGCUGUCAUGUCAAGGGCGCAGGGGCUGCCCAAGGGAAGAGUUACCCCGGCCGCUGCGGAGUCGCCUUCCUUGCACAGAAAACAAGAGUUGGAUAGUAGUCAUCCUCCAAAGCAACAAGGAAAACCGCCGGAUCCUGGGCGUCCAGCUCAGCCUGGUCUCAGUAAAAGUAGAACUACAGACACUUUUAGGUCAGAGCAGAAAUUGCCUGGAAGGAGUCCUUCCACUAUUAGCUUAAAAGAAUCAAAGUCCAGAACUGAUUUCAAGGAAGAGCACAAGUCCAGUAUGAUGCCUGGCUUCCUCUCAGAGGUUAACCCUUUAAGUGCUGUCUCUUCUGUUGUAAAUAAAUUCAACCCCUUUGAUUUGAUAUCAGACUCUGAUGUAUCCCAGGAAGAAACUGCCAAGAAACAAAAAGUAGCUCAGAAGGAACAAGGAAAACCUGAAGGAAUCACAAAGCCUCCCUCCCAACAGUCACCCAAACCAGUUCCUAAGCAGCAAGGGCCGCUUAAGGCCCCACUGCAGCAGGAUGGCUCUCCCAAAUCAAUAUCUCCUCAACAACCUGAAAAAAUUAAAUCACAACCUCCAGGGACAGGAAAGGCAAGUCUGGGACCUACACACGCUUCUCAGACAGACCAGGCAAAAUUACCACUUCAACGAGACCCAUCCAGGCCACAGACUAAACAGUCAGAUAUAGUAAAGGGAGAACCAGCUAAACUCUCACUACAAAGCCCGUCUCAACCUGCAAUUCAAGAAACAAGUCCUGGGAAACCACCAGACCAGCAGCCUGGACCUGAAAAACUUUCUAUGCCACAGCUUGGGCCUACAAAGCCCUCAGCUCAGCAACCAGGGUCAGGGAAGCCCUCGCCUCAGCCACUGACUGCAAAGCCUCCAGCUCAGCCACCAGUGACAACAAAGCCUCCUGCUCAGAAGGCUGGGUCAGAAAAACCUGCAUCUCAGCAGCUGGGGCAAAAGUCUCCAGCCCAGCAGCCAGGGCCAGCUAAGCCCCCAGCCCAGCAGCUAGCGGCAUCAAAACCCCCAGCUCAACAGCCUUGGCCACAGUCUCCAGCUCAGCAGGCUGGGCCUGCAAAGAUUCCAGCUCAGCAAUCUGGGCCAACAAAGUCUCCAACUCAGCAACCAGGGAUGGGAAAGACUCCAGCUCAACAGCCAAGUCCUGCAAAGCCCUCCACUCAACAGCCGAGCCUUGCAAAGGCCCCUACUCAACAGCCAGGCCCUGGGAAGGCUCCCCCUCAACAGCCAGGCCCCGGGAAGCCGCCCUCUCAACAGCCGGGGCCUGGGAAGCCCCCUGCUCAACAGCCGGGCCCAGCAAAGCCCACAGCUCAGCAGGCUACAAAACCAGUAAGCCAAAUGGAAACUGGGAAAUCUCUGCCACCAGUAACUUCUCCAUCUGCAGCACAGACUUCAGCAAAAGGCCUCCCUAAAACCAUCUGUCCUCUUUGCAGUACCACCGAAUUGCUGUUGCAUACUCCAGAAAAGGCCAAUUUUAACACAUGCACUGAGUGUCAAACCACUGUCUGUAGCCUCUGUGGUUUUAAUCCUAAUCCUCAUUUAACCGAGAUAAAAGAAUGGCUCUGUUUGAACUGUCAGAUGCAGAGAGCUCUAGAAGGUGAUCUGGCUCCGAUUCCAUCCUCACCCCAGCCCAAACCAAAGACUGCUCCUGCUGUUUCCACACCAUCAGUGAGCAGGUCAUCCCCACAAUCACAGCAGUCUUCCCCAAAGAAGGGUGCUGUACCCAAACAGGAGAUCUCGAAGCCACCUGAGUCUAAAAAACCCCCACCACUAGUGAAACAACCAACACUUCACGGAUCUUCACUACCCAUGGCCAAGCAGCCUCGUGUAACAGAGCCCUCAGCCCAGCCAGCCCCUCCUACAGAGCCUUCUGUUCCACCGGAGCAGGCCAAAUCCUCCAUGGCUGAUGCUAAACCAAAGCUGCCCAAAAUGGUAAAGCCAGCCACAGACGUAUCUUCAUUGUCAGCAGCAACAAAACCUGAGGUUCCAAGCGCCAAAGUACAGUCACAGCCUCCGGAGAAAAUAGCCCCUCCUUUCAAAACAGACACUGCCAAACCCUCACAAAGUUUUCCACCAACAGGAGAAAAAAUCACCCCACUUGAUUCUAAAGCCAUGCCUCGGCCUGCAUCUGAUUCUAAAAUUAUUUCACAUCCUGGGCCUAUGUCAGAGAGCAAAGAUCAAAAACAAGUUGAUCCAGCUCAAAAGAAGGAAGAUCCCAAGAAAGCACAAUCUAAAAUGAGUCCAAAGCCAGAUGCCAAGCCCGUGCCAAAAGUGUCAGCAACCCCCCCUGCUCCACGACCUACCACUGGCCAAACUCCCCCCAUAUUGCAACAGCCCCCAAAGACUCAGGAGCAGUCAAGACGUUUCAGUCUGAAUCUAGGAAGUAUCACUGAUGCCCCUAAAUCACAGCCCACAACUCCUCAAGAAACUGUGACUGGGAAACUCUUCGGGUUUGGAGCAUCUAUCUUCAGCCAGGCAUCAAAUUUAAUUUCCACAGCAGGGCAGCCUGGACCUCAUCCACAAAGUGGGCCAGGGGCCCCAUCAAAGCAAGCUCCUCCUCCUCCUCAGGGGCCACCCAAAUCCACAGGUCAGACACCACCAGCACCUGCAAAGGUCAUACCUGGCAAAAAGGAAACAAAAGUUCCAGCAGCUGAAAAACUAGAACCCAAAGUUGAACACGUUCCAAUCGUGAGAAGAACAGAAACAGAAAAGAAGCCUCCAUCUACUAAGGAUAGCAAACCUUCAGUAACUGAGCCGCAAAAGGCUGUCCUUCCUCUUAAAGCAGAGAAAACCCCUAAAGCAGAAUCGGCAUGUCCUCUCUGCAAAAUUGAACUCAAUAUAGGUUCUGAGGAUCCUCCUAACUUUAGUACUUGCACUGAGUGCAAGAAUCAAGUGUGCAAUCUCUGUGGAUUUAACCCGACACCACACUUGACUGAGAUUCAAGAAUGGCUUUGUUUAAGUUGCCAAACCCAGAGAGCACUAUCAGGACAGCUUGGAGACAUGGACAAAACAUCAUCUUCACAGUCAGGACCAAAAGCAUCUUCUAUGCCAGCCCCUGCAGAACAACCACCUCAGAAAAAAGUGACUGCUGCCCAAGUAAAAGAGAAAAAGAAGGAACAAGAAGUAAAAAGCGAAGCUGAAAAACUCAAACCAGAAAAAGGAAAAGAAACACCAUCAACUGAAAAAAUUCCCCUGAAAGCAACCACUGAUCAAAAACAGGAAGAGAGUAAGCUAGAGAAAUACACAUCUCUAGCUCCAGAAGAAAAGAAGCCACUCCCUGAAGAACAAAAGCCACUCCCUGAAGAAGAAAAGCCACUUUCUGAAGAAAAAAAGCUACUUCCUGAAGAAAAAAAGUCACUUCCUGAAGAAAAAAAGCCAGCUCUUGAAGAAAAAAAGCCAGCUUCCAAAGACAAAAAGCCAGCCCCUGAAGACAAAAUUUUAAUUGCAGAAGCAAAAAUACCAGUUCUACAGGAGGACCAAAAACAUGGCUUACUUAAAACUCAAGUGCUAAUUGCUGAAGAAGAGCUACAAGACAGAGUGGCUCCAAAGGCAGGGCAGGAGGAGACACAGCUACAGACCAAGAUGGAAGAUACCCCAUCUGGCAAGCCUCAGGGUUUCCAGAAGGAAGAUGAUGGAGCCACCCGGACAAGAAAAGAACCGACACAAGUAGCUCGCAGAGCAGAACCUGAUCAGGGGGAUACUGGGAAAGAAAAAAGGGAAAAGGAAGAUGACAAAUCAGACACCUCAAGUUCUCAGCAGCCGAAAAGCCCUCAAGGUCUGAGUGACACAGGAUAUUCUUCUGAUGGAAUAUCAAGUUCACUUGGUGAAAUUCCAAGUCUUAUUCCAAGUGAUGAGAAGGACUUGCUCAAAGGCCUCAAAAAGGACUCUUUUUCUCAAGAAAGCAGUCCUUCCAGUCCCUCUGAUCUGGCUAAGUUAGAAAGUACUGUCCUAUCUAUUUUGGAAGCUCAAUCUAGUACACUUGUGGAAGAAAAAGCAGACAAGAAAACAGAACCCCAUGGAGCUUCUCCAGAACAACCUAAGGACCAAGAGAAAACUCAGAGUUUUUCUGAAACACUGGAAAUCACUUUUUCAGAAGAGACACUCAAGGAAAGUCAAGAAGAAAGGAAAGACACUUUGAAAAAAGAUAGCCUAGAAGGCAUUCCUUCUAGAAAGGACUAUAAAGAAAAGUUGGAGUUUGUUGAUGACUUAGCUACCAGAAGACAGUCUUAUGAUUCAGUUGAAGACAGCAGUGAAAGUGAAAACUCACCUGUUCCCCAAAGAAAACGGAGAACUAGUGUUGGUUCUUCAAGCAGUGAUGAGUAUAAACAGGAAGAUAGUCAGGGCUCAGGUGAAGAGGAGGACUUCAUUCGAAAGCAAAUCAUAGAAAUGAGUGCUGAUGAAGAUGCUUCAGGUUCUGAGGAUGAUGAGUUUAUUAGGAACCAACUCAAAGAGAUUAGUAGUAGUAUAGAAAGCCAGAAGAAGGAAGAAACUAAAGGGAAAGGAAAGGUAAUGGCAGGGAAACACAGGCGGCUGACACGAAAAAGUAGUGCAAGCUUUGAUGAUGAUACAGGGAGACGCCAUUCAUGGCAUGAUGAAGACGAUGAGACAUUUGAUGACAGUCCUGAACUUAAGUACAGAGAAACCAAAAGUCAGGAGAGUGAGGAACUUGCAGUUGCUGGAGGUGGAGGGUUACGUCGAUUUAAAACGAUUGAACUCAACAGCACAAUAGCAGAUAAGUAUUCUGCAGAGUCAUCACAGAAAAAAACGACUUUGUAUUUUGAUGAAGAGCCAGAAUUAGAAAUGGAAAGCUUGACAGACUCACCAGAAGAUAGGUCAAGGGGGGAAGGAUCUUCUAGUCUUCAUGCUUCCAGCUUCACUCCUGGUACUUCCCCUACAUCAGUGUCAUCACUUGAUGAGGAUAGUGACAGUAGUCCAAGUCACAAAAAAGGAGAGAGCAAACAGCAGCGAAAAGCUCGGCACAGAUCACAUGGCCCUCUUCUGCCUACUAUUGAAGAUUCUUCAGAGGAAGAAGAAUUGAGAGAGGAAGAAGAAUUAUUAAAGGAGCAAGAAAAGCAGCGGGAGUUAGAACAGCAACAAAGAAAGAGUUCUAGUAAAAAAUCAAAGAAAGACAAAGAUGAACUUCGAGCUCAGAGAAGGAGAGAAAGACCAAAGACACCACCUAGUAACCUCUCUCCCAUUGAAGAUGCUUCUCCAACAGAAGAAUUGCGUCAGGCUGCAGAAAUGGAGGAGCUCCACCGAUCUUCUUGUUCUGAAUAUUCACCUAGUAUUGAAUCAGACCCAGAGGGUUUUGAAAUAAGCCCAGAAAAAAUAAUAGAAGUACAAAAAGUUUACAAAUUGCCCACAGCUGUAUCUUUAUACUCCCCAACAGAUGAACAAUCUAUUAUACAGAAAGAGGGUGACCAAAAGGCAUUAAAAAGUGCUGAGGAGAUGUAUGAAGAAAUGAUACAUAAAUCCCAGAAAUAUAAAGCUUUUCCAGUUGCAAAUGAACGAGAUGAAGUGUUUGAAAAAGAACCUUUGUAUGGUGGGAUGUUAAUAGAGGAUUAUAUUUAUGAAUCUUUAGUAGAGGACUCAUACAAUGGAUCAAUAGAUGGCAGUUUAUUAACAAGGCAAGAAGAGGAAAAUGGAUUCAUGCAGCAGAAAGGGAGAGAGCAAAAAACAAGACUUCCAGAACAGAUUUAUGAAGACCCUAUGCAGAAAAUUACAGACCUCCAGAAAGAGUUUUACGAGUUAGAGAGCUUACAUUCUGUUGUGCCUCAAGAAGAUAUUGUUUCAAGCUCUUUUAUCAUCCCAGAGAGCCACGAGAUAGUGGAUCUUGGCAGUAUGGUAACUUCUAACAGUGAAGAAAAAAAAUUAUUAGAUGCUGAUGCUGCCUAUGAAGAACUCAUGAAGAGGCAACAGAUGCAGCUAACACCUGGAUCCAGUCCAACCAAGCCCCCCAUUGGGGAUGAUGUGACAGAGGCCACCAUGGACUUUGAUAGAAUGCCUGAUGCAUCUUUGACAUCGAGUAUUCUCUCAGGUGCAUCUCUUACAGAUUCAACCAGCAGCACGACACUCUCUAUUCCAGAUGUUAAAAUAACCCAACAUUUUUCCACAGAAGAAAUUGAGGAUGAAUAUAUAACUGAUUAUACAAGAGAAAUUCAAGAAAUAAUUGCCAAUGAAGCACUGAUUUUGACUUAUUCUGAGCCCUCAGAAAGUGCUACAUCUGUCCCACCAUCUGACACCCCUUCUCUUACAUCAUCUGUUUCUUCAGUUUGUACCACAGAUAGCUCCUCGCCUGUUACUACCCUGGAUAGUAUAACCACCAUUUAUACAGAGCCAGUAGUAGUAACUAAAUCUGAAGAUUCUGAGGAAAUUUCCUCAUCAACUUAUUUUCCAGGCAGCAUUAUUGACUAUCCAGAAGAAAUAAGUAUGUCAUUAGUCAGGGCUGCCACACCAGAUGAUAGGACUGGUGCUGAUCAUAUUACAAUUUCCUUAUCUGAUAUGACACCUUCUAUCAUAGAAUCUGUAGGAACUGAAUUAGAGGGACCUGUUGCUGACACUAUUUCCACCGACUUACCUCUAUCUGAAAAAGAUCCAACAAAGAAAGCUAAGAAGGAAGAUAGAAAUGGAGUUAUUCUGGAAGUUUUAGAAGCUUACAGAGAUCAAAAGAAGGAAUCUGAAGCUGAAUUCAUAAAAGUGACCAUAUCUGAACCUGGAUUUGAUCAACGACCUUCUUCAGCAAAAGCUGUUCCAAUAACGGAGCAGAUUUCAACAACGUGCUUUGUAUCUGGAGAGGUCUUUGACCAGGCAAAACCUGUGUCUCAGUUACCAUCUGGCGGUCCUUCUGUUUUCUCUCUUCCAACUAAAACUCGCCCAUUCUUCCGAAGUUUUUCUUUGGACACAUCAGCCCAACCACCUCCUCCACCUCCUCCUCCUCCCCCACCAUUGCCUCCACCAACUUCACCUAAACCAACAAUGUAUCCUAAAAGAAAGGUAGCAAUUACAGCUUCAGUGACUGUAGCUACUAGUGCUAUACCUCAGGUUGAUGCUGUUGCUACUGAAGAGACCCCAGCUGUUUUGAAGAAUACUGGGUUACCAGUAACAAAGAUAUGUACCCCUGCACCUCCUCCUGUUCCUCCUAAGCCAUCUUCAAUUCCAUCUGGACUUGUAUUUACACAUAGGCCUGAGCCAAGCAAACCUCCAAUUGCCCCUAAGCCAGCAGUUCCUCCACUUCCAAUAACUACACAAAAACCAGCAGAUACACCUCCCAAGCCAACUGGUUUAUCUUUAGCUUCAAGUAUGACAUUGAAUUUAGUGACUUCAGCAGAUUAUAAAUUGCCAUCCCCUACUUCCCCACUUUCCCCCCACUCUAACAAGUCCUCACCAAGAUUUUCCAAAUCCCUCAUGGAAACUUAUGUGGUUAUCACAUUGCCUUCUGAACCUGGGACUCCAACAGAUUCUUCAAUUGGUCCAACAGUUACCAGCUGGCCCCUUGGAUCACCCCCCAAAGAUCUAGUUUCCCUUGAACCGGUGUUUUCUCUAAUCCCUCCUGUGACAGCUGCAGCAAUUCCAAGUCCUUCAGAGCAGAGCCUAUAUGUCUCAGGAACUUUGGAGACAUUUCCUGCUGUCCCUGUCACAACUGUGUCUUCAUUUCAGCCACCUCCAACUUCAGUUGCACAGUUUCUCACAACUGCAGUAUCCAAGGUUGAGGUUUCAGCAGCUAAAAGUACGGUACCUAGUAUUGGCCCCAGCAGCAUCUCCAUAACAAUUCCUCCAGAACCUCUUGCUCUGGAUACCCUACAUUUAGAGAAGCAUCAGUACAAGGAAAAUGGAAAGUUACAACUUUUUGGUGAUGUCAUUGAUCUGCGUACAGUGCCAAAAGAAGAAGUUCAAGUAACUGAAAAAUGUAUAGAUCUUUCUGCUUCUACAAUGGAUAUGAAAAGGCAGACCAUAUCAAGUGAAGUUUAUGGGAGACAAAUUAGUACUGUACAACCAUCCAUUAUAAAUCUUAGUGCAGCCUCAUCAAUAGUGACUCCAAUAUCCCUUGUCACUGAAACAGUGACAGUUGUCACAUGCACAGCUAGUGCAAAUUACACCACAGGUACAGAAAGCUUUAUGAGUAUAGAACCAACAGCGGCACCACCACUCCAGCUAACUACAUCGAAGUAUGCUGAGCCCCCAUACAGGAUGCCAAGUGGGCAAGCCUUGCCUACGCUUAGGGAGGAAGCACCAAUAAACUUAUCCCUAAGUACUUCAGCACAAGCAGUCACACUGGCUGUUACAAAACCAGUCACUGUACCUCCUGUUGGGGUUACAAAUGGUUGGUCUGAUAGCAUCACAUCCCAGGGGACCACUGAUGGAGAAGCAGUGGAUCUCAGUACCACGAAGUCUUACAGAACUGUUGUAACAGUGGAUGAAUCGACUUCAAGUCCAGUGACCAAAAUAAUAGAAGAUGAUGAAAGACCUGUUGAUCUGACUGCAGGAAGAAGGGCUGUGUGCUGUGAUGUGGUUUAUAAGUUACCUUUUGGAAGGAGUUGCACAGCACAGCAACCUAAAACUACUCUUCCUGAGGAUCGUUUUGGUUAUAGGGAUGACCACUAUCAAUAUGAUCGGUCAGGGUCAUAUGGUUAUAGAGGUAUUGGGGGAAUGAAACCUUCCAUGUCUGAUACUAAUUUAGCAGAAGCUGGACACUUUUUCUAUAAAAGUAAGAAUGCUUUUGAUUAUUCUGGAGGAGCUGAUGCAGCAGUAGAUCUAACUUCAGGGAGAAUUACUACAGGUGAGGUAAUGGAUUAUUCAAUCAAGACUACAGGUCCAUAUCCAGAAACACGACAAGUCAUUUCAGGCACUGGGCUUAGCACCCCACAGUAUUCCACAGCAAGAAUGACUCCACCACCCGGAUCCCAGUAUGGGGUGGGAAGUGUUUUGAAGUCAUCUAAUGGUGUUGUCUGUUCUUCAGUAGCAACUCCAGUGCCUUCUACAUUUGCAAUCACCACACAACCUGGCUCCAUUUUUAGCACCACUGCAAGGGAUUUAUCCGGUUUGCACACAGCUGAUGCAGUGACUUCAUUAUCUGUCCUACAACAGAGCCAGCCAAUGCCUAGAUCAUAUUUCUUAACAACAGGUGCAUCUGAAAUGGACAUUGCAGUAACUGGUGUUGAUAUCAGUGCCAGUUUGCAAACCAUUACUAUGGAAACUUUUACAGCUGAGACAAUAGACGCUGUUCCCACUUUAACCACAGCAUCUGAAGUUUUUUCUGAAGUGGUGGAAGAUGAAAGUUCUCUUUUAAUUGUCCCUGAGGAAGAUAAACAACAACAGUUAGACUUGGAGCGUGAACUCUUGGAACUGGAGAAAAUCAAGCAACAGCGCUUUGCUGAGGAAUUGGAGUGGGAACGCCAGGAAAUUCAGAGGUUUCGAGAACAAGAAAAGAUCAUGGUUCAAAAAAAGCUGGAGGAGCUACAGUCAAUGAAGCAGCACCUUCUUUAUCAGCAAGAAGAAGAACGGCAAGCCCAGUUUAUGAUGAGGCAGGAGACAUUGGCCCAGCAACAGUUACAGCUAGAGCAGAUCCAACAGCUACAACAACAGCUUCACCAGCAGCUAGAGGAACAAAAGAUUCGCCAGAUCUACCAGUAUAACUAUGACCCUUCUGGAACUGUCUCUCCACAGACCACUGCAGAGCAGACAAUUUUGGAAGGUCAGUAUGCUGCCCCAGAAAGUGGUCAGUUUUGGGGGACUGAAGAAGCAACCACCACAGCUUCAGCUGUUGUGGCAAUCGAAAUACCACAAAGCCAAGGAUGGUAUACAGUUCAAUCUGAUGGCGUUACUCAGUACAUUGCCCCACCUGGCAUCUUGAGUACUGUUUCAGAAAUACCUCUAACUGACGUUGUUGUAAAAGAUGAAAAACCACCCAAAAAGCGAAGUUCUGCAGCUAAAGUCCGUGGGCAGUAUGAUGAAAUUGGAGAAAAUAUGGGAGACGAUCCCCGAAGUUUUAAAAAGAUAGUGGACAGUGGUGUCCAAACUGAUGAUGAAGAUGCAGCAGAUAGGAGUUAUGUGAGUAGGAGAAGGAAGACUAAAAAAAGUGUUGAUACAAGUGUCCAAACUGAUGAUGAAGACCAGGAUGAAUGGGAUAUGCCUAGUAGGUCACGGAGAAAAUCUCGUGUAGGGAAGUAUGGCGAUACCGCUCCAGAGGCAGAGAAGACCAAACCCCUUUCCAAAGUCUCCAGCAUAGCAGUUCAAACAGUGGCAGAGAUAUCUGUGCAAACUGAGCCAGUUGGAACCAUAAGAACACCUUCAAUACGGGCACGAGUAGAUGCCAAAGUUGAAAUAAUAAAACAUAUUUCAGCACCUGAAAAGACUUACAAAGGGGGUAGUUUAGGAUGUCAAACAGAGGCAGAUUCAGACACACAAAGUCCUCAGUAUCUGAGUGCUACAUCUCCACCCAAAGACAAAAAACGCCCAACACCUUUAGAGAUUGGUUAUUCAUCUCACCUUCGGGCAGAUUCCACUGUACAGCUGGCUCCUUCCCCACCCAAAUCUCCAAAAGUCCUUUAUUCACCCAUCUCACCACUUUCACCAGGCAAAGCCUUAGAAUCAGCCUUUGUACCUUAUGAAAAAACCCUUUCUGAUGAUAUAAGUCCACAGAAAGUGCUGCAUCCAGAUAUGGCUAAAGUUCCACCAGCAAGUCCUAAGACAGCCAAGAUGAUGCAGCGUUCUAUGUCUGACCCCAAGCCUCUGAGUCCAACAGCAGACGAGAGUUCCAGGGCUCCUUUUCAAUAUACCGAGGGCUACACGACGAAAGGUUCUCAGACUGUGACAGCCUCUGGCACCCAGAAAAAAGUUAAGAGAACUCUGCCAAAUCCACCUCCCGAGGAGACUUCCACCGGAACUCAGUCUACAUACAGCACAAUUGGAACUGCUUCCAGAAGAAGGAUCUGCAGAACCAACACAAUGGCAAGAGCCAAGAUUCUGCAGGACAUAGACAGGGAGCUUGAUCUUGUGGAGAGGGAAUCAGCAAAGCUUAGGAAGAAGCAAGCAGAACUCGAUGAGGAAGAAAAGGAGAUUGAUGCCAAACUACGGUACUUGGAGAUGGGUAUUAAUAGGAGGAAAGAGGCAUUAUUAAAGGAAAGAGAAAAGAGAGAGCGAGCCUACCUGCAGGGAGUAGCCGAGGAUCGUGAUUACAUGUCUGACAGUGAAGUGAGCAGCACCAGGCCAACCCGAGUAGAAAGCCAGCAUGGCAUCGAGCGACCUAGAACUGCUCCCCAGACUGAAUUCAGCCAGUUUAUACCCCCACAAACCCAACCAGAAUCUCAACUAGUCCCUCCUACCAGUCCUUAUACACAAUACCAAUACUCUUCCCCUGCUCUUCCUACCCAAGCACCAACUCCAUACACUCAGCAGUCCCAUUUUCAACAACAAUCUCUGUACCAUCAGCAAGUUUCACCUUACCAGACUCAGCCAACCUUUCAAGCUGUGGCAACAAUGUCCUUCACGCCUCAAGCACAACCUACACCAAGCCCGCAACCUUCUUAUCAGUUACCAUCACAGAUGAUGGUGAUACAACAAAAGCCACGACAAGCCACAUUGUAUUUGGACCCCAAGAUAACGUCAAACUAUGAGGUGAUUCGUAACCAACCCCUGAUGAUAGCUCCUGUUUCUACUGAUAAUACAUAUGCUGUUUCCCAUCUUGGCAGUAAAUACAAUAGUUUAGACUUGAGAAUUGGCUUGGAGGAAAGAAGUAGCAUGACAAGCAGUCCAAUAUCAAGCAUAUCUGCUGAUUCUUUUUAUGCAGAUAUUGAUCAUCACACUCCACGAAAUUAUGUCCUGAUUGAUGACAUUGGAGAGAUAACCAAAGGAACAGCAGCAUUAAGCACUGCAUUUAGCCUUCAUGAAAAAGAUCUGUCAAAAACAGACCAUCUCCUAAGAACUACUGAGACACGUAGGUCACAAGAAGUGACAGAUUUCCUAGCACCUUUACAGACUUCCUCCAGAUUGCACAGUUAUGUGAAAGCAGAGGAAGACCCAAUGGAGGAUCCUUAUGAGUUAAAACUUCUAAAACAUCAGAUUAAACAAGAAUUCCGUAGAGGAACAGAGAGCUUAGAUCACCUUGCUGGCCUAUCCCAUUAUUACCAUGCUGAUACUAGCUAUAGACAUUUUCCAAAAUCUGAAAAAUACAGCAUCAGUAGACUCACUCUUGAAAAACAAGCGGCUAAGCAAUUACCAGCAGCCAUACUUUAUCAAAAGCAGUCAAAGCAUAAAAAAUCAUUAAUUGAUCCUAAAAUGGCAAAAUUUUCACCUAUUCAAGAAAGUAGAGAUCUGGAACCUGAUUAUUCAAGCUACAUGACUUCUAGCACUUCAUCUCUUGGUGGAAUUUCUUCCAGGGCAAGACUUCUUCAAGAUGAUAUCACUUUUGGCCUCAGAAAAAAUAUUACAGACCAACAGAAAUUUAUGGGAUCGUCCCUUGGUUCAGGGCUCGGCACAUUAGGAAGUACCAUACGGUCAGCUCUACAAGAUGAAGCAGAUAGGCCAUACAGUAGUGGCAGCAGGUCCAGACCAUCCUCCAGACCUUCCUCUGUCUAUGGGCUUGAUUUAUCACUUAAAAGAGAUUCUUCCAGCUCUUCUCUAAGACUAAAAGCUCAAGAGGCUGAAGCUCUAGAUGUUUCCUUUAGUCAUACAUCAUCCUCUGGCAGAACUAAGCCUACCAGUUUGCCUAUUAGCCAGAGUAGAGGAAGAAUACCAAUUGUGGCCCAGAACUCUGAAGAAGAAAGUCCACUAAGUCCUGUUGGCCAACCAAUGGGAAUGGCCAGGGCGGCAGCUGGACCACUACCACCAAUAUCUGCAGACACCAGGGAUCAGUUUGGAUCAAGUCACUCAUUGCCUGAAGUUCAGCAACAUAUGAGAGAAGAAUCACGGACUCGAGGCUAUGACCGUGACAUAGCAUACAUCAUGGAUGACUUCCAACAUGCCAUGUCAGACAGUGAAGCUUAUCAUCUACGCCGUGAAGAAACAGAUUGGUUUGACAAACCCAGGGAAUCUCGUUUGGAAAAUGGACAUGGCCUGGAUCGAAAAUUGCCAGAAAGAUUGGUCCACUCUAGACCACUCAGUGAGCAUCAAGAGCAAAUUCUACAGAUGAAUGGGAAGACUGUGCACUACAUUUUUCCUCAUGCAAGGAUAAAAAUAUCAAGAGACUCUAAGGAUCACACAGUUUCAGGAAAUGGAUUAGGAAUUAGAAUUGUGGGUGGUAAAGAAAUUCCUGGACAUAAUGGAGAAAUUGGGGCCUACAUUGCCAAGAUUCUUCCUGGUGGAAUUGCAGAACAGACAGGGAAGCUUAUGGAAGGGAUGCAAGUAUUGGAAUGGAAUGGAAUUCCUUUAACUUCUAAAACAUACGAAGAAGUGCAAAGUAUAAUUAAUCAGCCAAGUGGGGAAGCAGAAAUAUGUGUAAGACUGGACCUCAAUAUGCUAUCAGAUUCUGAAAAUUCCCAGCAACUGGAACUUCAUGAACCACCAAAAGCUGUGGAUAAAGCAAAAUCCCCAGGGGUUGACCCUAAGCAGCUGGCAGCGGAACUCCAGAAGGUUUCGCUACAGCAGUCACCACUUGUUCUGUCAUCAGUCGUUGAAAAAGGAUCGCAUGUCCACUCGGGUCCUACAUCAGCAGGAUCCAGUUCUGUUCCCAGCCCUGGACAACCAGGGUCACCCUCAGUGAGCAAAAAGAAACACAGCAGCAGCAAGAGUACUGAUGCAACAAAGGUUGUCUCUCACCCAAUUACAGGAGAAAUUCAGCUUCAAAUCAACUAUGAUCUUGGAAAUCUCAUAAUACAUAUUCUCCAAGCAAGAAACCUUGUCCCUCGAGACAACAAUGGUUAUUCUGACCCUUUUGUUAAAGUGUACCUUCUUCCAGGGCGAGGUCAAGUCAUGGUUGUCCAGAAUGCAAGUGCUGAGUACAAGAGAAGGACUAAAUAUGUUCAAAAAAGCCUUAAUCCUGAGUGGAAUCAAACAGUAAUUUAUAAAAGUAUCUCCAUGGAACAGCUCAAGAAGAAAACAUUGGAGGUGACAGUCUGGGAUUACGAUAGAUUUUCCUCCAAUGACUUCCUUGGUGAGGUAUUGAUUGAUUUAUCUAGCACAUCUCACCUCGAUAACACUCCUAGGUGGUAUCCUCUCAAAGAACAGACUGAAAGCAUUGAUCAUGGCAAGUCCCAUUCCAGUCAGAGCACCCAGCAGUCCCCAAAGCCUUCCGUCAUCAAAAGCAGAAGCCACGGUAUCUUCCCUGACCCAUCCAAGGACAUGCAGGUUCCCACCAUUGAGAAAUCCCAUAGUAGCCCUGGUAGCUCGAAAUCAUCGUCUGAAGGCCAUCUCCGCUCUCAUGGACCAUCUCGCAGUCAAAGCAAAACCAGCGUCACUCAGACGCACCUGGAAGAUGCAGGGGCCGCCAUAGCCGCGGCUGAAGCCGCCGUGCAACAACUCCGCAUUCAACCAACAAAGCCUACCAAUCACCGGCCUGCAGAAAGCUCCGUGUCCACCGGAUCGUCCGGCAGCAGCUUUGGCAGCGGAUAUAGCGUGGACAGUGAAGGGAGCAGCAGCACCGCAGGGGAGACUAAUGUAUUUCCUAUUCCAAGGAUAGGAAAGAUGGGUCAGAAUGGGCAAGAGCCUGUAAAACAGCCAGGACUAACAGAUGCUGAAGUUAAAACUCAGGUAAUGGGUGAAAUAAAGAUUGCGUUGAAGAAGGAAAUGAAGACAGAUGGUGAACAGCUAAUAGUUGAAAUCCUCCAGUGCAGAAAUAUCACGUAUAAAUUUAAAUCUCCUGAUCACUUACCAGAUUUGUAUGUGAAAAUAUAUGUGUUGAACAUCUCUACCCAAAAAAAGGUGAUCAAGAAAAAAACACGAGUGUGUAGACAUGAUCGAGAGCCAUCGUUCAAUGAAACUUUUAGAUUCAGUCUAAGUCCUGCUGGACAUUCUCUUCAGAUUUUACUUUUCUCCAAUGGAGGAAAGUUUAUGAAGAAAACUUUGAUUGGUGAAGCCUGUAUCUGGCUUGACAAAGUGGAUCUAAGGAAAAGAAUAGUCAACUGGCACAAACUUUUGGUCAGUCCAACUCAAACCCACUGA